UCAACCCUUCACAGUUAACGCUACUCUACUGUGUCCCAUUAAGAUCUAAUUUCCCUCUUGCUCCUCUUCUUCUUUAUUUCUAUUUAUCUUCAUAUAGCCUUUUUCGUUUCUAUAGUAAAGCUGGGUUUUUUAUUUCCUUUUCUCAUACCCAAUUGGAUUUCGAUCUGAACCCAGUUAAUCAUUAAGUAAGUGUGUUAUGAGGAAGUUGUAUUUUGAAUUAUGAUUCUAAUUUGAAGUACUGGGGUUGCUACAUUUAGUGGGGUUUGUCUGGUGAAUUUGACGCUGAAUGUCUGGUGAAUCAAAAUCUUUUAGUUCAUAACUGAACAGUGGAAGUUGCAAUUUGGAUUUGUAUUACUUUCAACUUAUAAAUGUCGAGGGGAAGAUAUGAUGGAUCUCAGAAGAAGCGCUUAGUUGCUUCCAUAUGUAUUGUGGCAAUUUUUCUUGGUUUUCUGUAUGUGUACAGAGGAUCCAUCUUUGGUUCCCAAAACAGCGGUUCAUCUGCUCUUAGAUAUGGCAGCAACUCAUUGAAAAGACUUGGGUCAUCAUAUUUGGGUGCGGAUGAUGACACUGAUGGUAAGCAAGAUGAAUCUUCAUCAAGUUUCAGGCAGGGAGAUGGGACCGAUAUUGUUCCAAAGAGUUUUCCUGUUUGUGAUGAUCGUCAUUCAGAGUUGAUUCCCUGCUUAGAUAGACAUCUUAUCUAUCAAAUGAGGAUGAAGCUGGACCUGUCUUUGAUGGAACACUACGAGAGGCAUUGUCCUCCUGCAGAAAGGCGAUACAAUUGCUUGAUUCCUCCUCCAUCAGGAUACAAGAUCCCUAUUAAAUGGCCACAAAGCAGAGAUGAGGUGUGGAAAGCAAAUAUCCCGCAUACUCACCUUGCACAUGAGAAGUCUGACCAGAAUUGGAUGGUUGUAAAAGGUGAAAAGAUAGUGUUUCCUGGAGGAGGGACUCAUUUUCACUAUGGAGCUGAUAAGUACAUUGCAUCAAUUGCAAAUAUGCUUAACUUUUCAAACAAUAUUCUAAAUAAUGAAGGAAGAUUAAGGACAGUGCUUGAUGUUGGUUGUGGUGUUGCAAGUUUUGGAGCCUAUCUUCUUUCAUCCGAUAUCAUUACAAUGUCUUUGGCACCGAAUGAUGUACAUCAAAAUCAAAUUCAAUUUGCCCUAGAAAGAGGAAUUCCUGCAUAUCUUGGUGUCUUAGGAACUAAGAGACUCCCUUACCCCAGCAGAUCUUUUGAACUUGCUCAUUGUUCUCGUUGUCGAAUUGAUUGGCUUCAAAGAGAUGGCAUACUACUUCUUGAACUUGACCGAUUGCUCAGGCCAGGAGGUUAUUUUGCAUACUCAUCUCCAGAAGCAUAUGCUCAGGAUGAAGAAGAUCUAAGGAUAUGGAGAGAAAUGAGUGACCUUGUGGGGCGUAUGUGUUGGAAAGUAGCUGCAAAAAAGAACCAAACUGUCAUCUGGCAAAAGCCUCUGACAAAUGACUGCUAUAUGGACAGAGAACCUGGUACUCGCCCUCCUCUUUGCCAGUCUGAUGAUGAUCCAGAUGCAGUUUGGGGAGUAAAUAUGGAAGCUUGCAUAACACCUUACAGUGAUCAUGACAACAGAGCCAAGGGUAGUGGAUUAGCUCCAUGGCCGGCAAGAUUGAGCAGUCCUCCUCCUAGAUUAGCUGACUUUGGCUAUUCAAAUGAAAUGUUUGAAAAGAACACGGAACUAUGGCAAAGGAGAGUUGAGAAGUACUGGAAUCUCUUGAGUCCAAAAAUCAAAUCAAACACGUUGAGAAAUAUUAUGGAUAUGAAAGCAGAUAUGGGUUCAUUUGCAGCUGCUCUAAGACGCAAGGAUGUUUGGGUGAUGAAUGUUGUACCUCAAGAUGGACCAAACACACUUAAGCUUAUAUAUGACAGAGGCCUCAUAGGCACUACUCAUGACUGGUGUGAAGCAUUUUCAACAUACCCCCGGACUUAUGAUUUACUCCAUGCAUGGACUGUAUUCUCUGACCUAGAAAAGAAAGGUUGCAGUCUGGAGGACCUAUUAAUUGAGAUGGAUCGCAUGCUUAGGCCUACUGGUUUUAUAAUCAUCCAUGAUAAGCCUCAGGUUAUUGAUUUUAUAAAGAAGUACCUAACUGCUUUCCACUGGGAAGCAGUUGCAACUGCAGAUUCCAGUUCUGACUCUGUACAGGAUGGUGAUCAAGUUGUUUUUAUCAUCCAGAAGAAGUUGUGGCUGACCAGUGAAAGCUUUAGGGAUACGGAAUAAUGAAUAGGGCUACCAUUGCAUUUUCAUUUUCAUUUUCAUUUUCUUAUAUAUUAUCUGCUGCUACAAGGGAUCAAAGCACGUCCCAAGUGGGGGGAGGCAGUGGUUGACUUCAUUUUGUAGCAUUACAUAAUGUUUUUCUUUUCUUUUCUUUUCUUUUCAUUUCAUUCCCUUCUUUUUGAUUCUCAAUUUUUGGGAUAAGGCUAUUCAAAAUUUUGCCUGCAUUUGGGUAUUAUGUAAGCUACACUUAAUAACCAAGACAUAGUAGACUUGAUGAUACAAGUAUGUAUACAUAAGGA